CCCUGUCCAUUCUCCUCAUACUCUUCUUCUGCCUCCCUUCCUGAAGCCUGACAAAUUGUUAAAAAAUUGCCUGACAUCACACGUCAGAGAUGCAGCGUGGAGAGAAAAAUUCAACUCCUCCUUCGGCUCCUUUCAUAAGGCGUUGGGAGGCUUGGUCUGUCCACAGCCAGCGCAGGCAGGAGAGGAAGGGGAGAAAGCGCACAGCGCAGCUCAUCCGCCAAGCUGUCUGUUUCUUUCUCUCCCUCUCUCUCUUUCUCAACUUUCUCGAAAAGGAGGAAGGGGGGGUGAUGGCAUCGAACUUCUUGAGCUGUCCUGACCAAGGAGCCCAUCAAGAGCAUCGGGGCUUCCGACGAGGGAGAUAAAAGACCAGAGAGAGAGAGAGAGAGAGAGAGAGGAUACCUCUGCCAUGGACCGAAGAAAGCCGAGCUGCAAAUGAGCACAGAAUUCGGCAGCCGGUGCAGUUUUACAGGAAAGCCGGACUAGUAGACGUUCCUGGUGUCAGAACCCAAGCAUGGAAGAAGCGGUGGAAGCAAUGCCUCGAUGAACUUCUCUCGCCUCCUCUGAGUCAGGACAAAUGGGGACUCCCGUCUUGUGGAUCUUCUGCACCCUGUGAAGCUGAGAAAGUGAGUCACACCCACAUACCGUCAGGACUCAUCCUUGGCCUGCUUCUCCUCAAUGACCAUGGUUACCAUGGGUGGCCAUGAAGGCUACAACACUCAAGCCACGGCCGCCAUCGCUGCCGUCACCACCUUCCUCAUCCUCUUCACCAUUUUUGGCAAUGUCCUGGUGAUCAUCGCCGUGUUGACCAGCCGAUCCCUGAAAGCCCCCCAGAACCUCUUCCUGGUGUCCCUGGCGGCCGCCGACAUCCUGGUGGCCACCCUGAUCAUCCCCUUCUCGCUGGCCAACGAGCUGAUGGGCUACUGGUACUUUGAUAAGAUCUGGUGCAAGGCCUACCUGGCCCUGGAUGUUUUGUUCUGCACUGCCUCCAUCGUGCACCUCUGCGCCAUCAGUUUGGACCGAUACUGGUCCGUCAGCCAAGCCAUUGAGUACAACUCCAAGCGGACGCCGCGGAGGAUCAAAGGGACCAUCCUCGUGGUGUGGCUGAUCGCAGCCCUCAUCUCCCUGCCCCCACUGGUUGUCAACGAGAACCCAAAGAACAGGAAAGAGGACGCCAGAAGGUGCGAACUGAAUGAGCAGCCUUGGUACAUCCUCUCCUCCAGCACCUGCUCCUUCUUCGCUCCUUGCCUCAUUAUGAUCUUGGUGUAUCUCAGGAUCUAUUUCAUCGCCAAACGUCGGAGCAGGAAAGGGACUAAAGCUAAGGCACCCAAGAUGAAACCAGAAGAAGAGGCAUCUCAGAUUGUGGCUGGCCUGUCCAGAGAGAUCUCUCCCAAACGGGAUCCACUGAAGGACCAAGGAGAAGGGGAACCCAAUGGGCAUCAGCUGCCCAUCCAGGAGGGCAGCCCACCACCCGAGACUCUGAUUCUCCCCACUUCGAGCCUGGAGGAGAAGGACACCGAGCUGGGGACCACCGGUAGCCCUUCCCUGUCUCUGCCGGAGAAGAAGCUGCCUCCAGAGUCCAGGCAGCUGGACCUGUCUCCAGGCAGCAAUGUCAAGCAGAGCAAUGGACCCCCGCAGGGCUCGCCUAAGGGCAUGGACACCCUGGCCACGGCCCGAGGGGAGGUGCUGCUGGUGAGGAGAGUGAAGACCCUCAGCACCAGCCCUUGGAAGAGGAAGACCCACCUCAACCGGGAGAAGAGGUUCACCUUCGUCCUGGCCGUGGUGAUCGGGGUCUUUGUCAUAUGCUGGUUCCCCUUCUUCUUCCUCUAUAGCCUCCGGGCUGUCUGUCCCCCGGAGCGUUGCCCGAUUCCAGAAAGCACCUUCAAGUUUUUCUUCUGGAUUGGCUAUUGUAAUAGCUCUUUGAACCCUGUCAUCUAUACCAUCUUCAACCAGGACUUCCGGAAGGCUUUCAGGAAGAUUCUCUGCCGGCAGUGGACACGGACAGCCUGGAAAGACUGAAGAUUAUUUUUUCAGGGAUUCACUUAACACGACACAGAGAUGCCAAUGGGUCAGGAUGAAGUUGGCAGGACUGUGCCUUUACAUGAAAACUGGUAUAUGGAGGAAAAACACACACAGAAAGAAUGUUACCUGUUUCUAUGUUUGCACCUCAAAUGAAUGCCGAGAGGCACAGCUUUGGGGCUAGUAGCACAAACUGGCCACCUGAAUGGCUUGGUUUCCACGGGGGGGGGGGGCAGGGGUGUUUCAGCAAAACUUUGGCUGUUGUGGGCGAUGGGUUACUGCCAGCUGUUGCCAAAUGCCUCACCUUCCACCAUAAGGCAAGAUAAGGUUGCCACCCUUUUAAAAAUCAGCCCUGUUCCUGAAGCCCUCAACGGCGGCCUGGCUUGGAGAAAUUUAGCCAGAAAAGGUUUUGUGGUUGAUGAUGAAAUUUCAAUUCCCUGUCAGGAAGAAGCAUCAACUGCUAACUCUCUACAUGCAAGGCUGUUGUCAAAGGUACAGAAAUGGGACCAGAUGUUCCUACUGUUUUUUUUAAAUUUCUUUGCUUCUAAAAUCCUAAAAGAUAAUAUCAAAUUCAGCAUACGGGUCGGGUAAGGAAAAACAAGUUUUUAAAUUGCAUGCUUGUGCAUAAGCCCACAUACACAAGCGCACUGAUGUAGCAAGGCCUCUGCUUGCAUUUUGCUACUAUUUAGGAUUGCCAACUUAUGAAAGAAAAAUCCAAUCUGGUAUGCUAUGAUGUCUUUAAGGGCAGCUUGGUUUUCAGAAUCCAGGAGGCAAGGGCUGUGGCCAGCCUGAAUAUCAACACCAUCAUCUGCUAAGUGCAUUCAGCUUAAGCUGUUUGUUAAAGGCACAUCUUCAGUGGCCAGGUGAAAAGUUGGCAAUCUGGCUGUAAUUGACAUGAUUAUCCAGUUGGUGUGCAGGAAAGGCUGAAAUAGACGGGGUGCCUUAUGCAGGACACCAGAAAAAGUGUUCAUUAAGGGAUGGAGUGAUGGGUCAGGGAGGAAUGGAGAAAAGCUUCCCCUUUCCAGCUCUAAAGACUGGAAAGCUGAAUGUCGGUCAUAAUGGGAGGUAGGGAAUAAUUAUAGAUUGUGCCCAGAUGUAAUCCUUCUAAGAGUACAGCUAUUGAAGCCAACAAGGCUUAAGUCAACAAGACCAAGUCCCAUUGACCUCAAUGAGUCUUCAGUGAGUCUCCUAGUUUCAAAGACUCUCAGUCUGGAUCCGGCCCUAUAGUUCUUUUUAGGAUUUGGAAAGUUAGUUUUUUAUGACUGUCAGAUUUUUGGAAAACUGGGAAAUUCCCAGGGGAUGUUUUCUCUUGCAAGAAAAAAACUUCCCUCUUUUUCACUUGGCUGGUUGGUGGAUCUCCAGAAUCUGCAAGAGAGAGGAGAAAACAAAGGAGCAAAGGAGAUCCUGUGAGCCUGAAAUCCACCCAUCCUUGAUUUGCACAGCAGACCCUGGGAACCAUCUCUCCAGAUGUUUUGGCUGUCAGCUCCCAGAAGCCCCCGUCCACUUGGCACGAGGGUCCAGAAUUUUCGGAUGCUUCCUGAAACAUCCUGAAAACUAUUUAGAAGCACUUCUCCUGAAACCAAACACUUGCAGGUGAAUUUGACACAGAUGGGUAUCAGCUUUUUUUAAAAAAUGGAAGCACAGGUUAUAAUCCAAAAUAUGUGAGGAAAAAAGUCACCUUGAACAGGGUUUGUGGGGUGUUACUGGCAGACUCUUUGGGGCUCUGUGUCAGUUUGAAUCUUAGCUGUGGGAGAACACGGAUUAUGUCUAGAAAUGGGUCUCGGGCCUCAGUCUUGGUGGAUGUAAACUCUGAUUUAGAAGGUCACUUCCACUCAACACUGAUUUCUUCCCUCCUCCCAUUCUGGGCAGGGCUGAUGUAUUGUCAACAGCUGGCAUGGGAGACAUUCAACAGGUAAAGCUUUCCUUCACAUUUGGAAGCACAGGAACAUUUCGGGGAGGGGGAGAGCAGAAGACACCCAGCUGAGUCUCCAUCUUUUUAAUGGUCCUGUAUUUUAAACAGCAGCUUCAUUUGCAAACCUUAAGCAGAUGAUUCCCCCCCCCUUUUUUU